UCGAAAAGUAUCAGGGAAACGUUGAAAUAUAUGAAAAACGGCUUUUGAUCGACAGUGCCGGUGACUGACAAUGAAACCCUUGUCCAAGGGAAGUAAUUAUUGCUGGUCUUCAACAGCAGUAAUCGAUGCCUAAAAGUCGUGUGGAAAAUAUCAAGGAGGAAUGAAAUGCGAGAACCUCUAUCGCCUCCAGGUGUCUCAGGACGACUGAACACCCGAACGGUCGUACAGUCGGACACGACAUCAUCCUCAACUGGAUCCGGUGCCCCCUCCAAUAUGAAUAGUCACCGAAACACCAAACGAAAAUAGGACGAAUAGAUAAAUCAUUCGACCCCACCGGUCCGCCUACAGCCGGACGGCAUAUCUCCACGAAAUCCUAUUCGCCUCUGCUAGAUUUUCCUGAGCUAAAACGUGUGUUGAAUAUUGUAAAAAAAUGCAGUCGAUUAUGCCAAAAUAAUUCUUUAUUCUCGAUUAUUUUUCUUCCCAAGACAUGAUGUUAAAGACUGAUCAUUGAUUGCCAGUAAAAUGGGGCUUCUCAUGUCCGUUUUGAUUGGCUGCGUUGGAGUUCUUGAACUCCUGGCAUGUCUCCGUCACGCUUCGGAUGGUUUGACGCCGUCGUUGGGUCCGGCAGCACCUUGCCUGUCAUAUCACUUGGAAACAUCGGAGAAACACAGCUCCGUCAAUUCACUAUGCACUUACAGCCACAGUCGUGGGGCAGGAUUGCCAAGAGGUGUUAGACACAAGUUGGAAAACCUUCAUGAGUACAGUAUCAAGGUCAAGGGUGAGCUACGCUCCCUAGAUCGACACUUUGACGAGAGCACACUCUCCGAUUGCAGCACUGGCGACAUUUUGGGAAACUCUAGACCGGACUCUAGACUCAGCCUGAUCGAAUACGAAACCAAAGACGAAUGGAAUCCCGACUUUCAGCCCUACUACGGAGACCAAAAUGAUAAGCACGAUUGUCGGGAGAGCCAUCAAGACAGUUUAUCGUAUCAAGAGGAUCAGGAAAUCAAUUCGAUAUUGAAGGAUCUGAAUCUGAUUCCUAUUCCAAUAACGAAAAAGUACGAAAGAAUUCCUACGCCUAUUCCAUUUGAAAAUUCGAAUGAAGAUGUCUGGAGAAAGUCUAGAUCACCUUCGUCGUCGUCAUCUACGUCAAGUGACAGGAAGAACUCGUUUGAUGAUGAUUCGGGGAACGAAGUACCAACAAGGAACUCGAUCGAUAAUUCAUCGGUCGCCAGUUACUCCGGACGCUCGUCUUUGGGUGAUAUCAAGGUGACACGCUCGAGCGUUUUACUCCAAAAUUCCGUCAACGAUGUGGAAAGUAUUUCAAAGCUUUCGUCGGACGUCUUACGGGCCUCGGAAAGCUCGCUGUCUGUCAAUGACACUGAAAACUUGUCCAAGUUAUCUGAUAUUUGGAACGCACACGUGGACGAAGAUGGAAAGUUGGAGGAAACGAGUGAUUAUCAGGAAGUUGCGGGUGAUGGUUUGAAGACACCGAAGACAUCAAAAUCUUCGGGGACAACUAUCGUGCGAAAGGCAACGCAACUGAAAUCCAAAAAUGCGGAGACAAGCAAGUCCACGGAGACUUUGAAUGCGAGGAAAUUUAAGAAAGUCCGAGAACCGGAAAGACGAAAGUCUGACAUAUCCGUACAGACGAUGGACUUCGGUUCCAUGUGCGACGAAGCGACGAACACCUCAAGGUCGGAAAGCAGGCAAAGUGUUUCCGUCCACGUUCAAACUAGCUUUGAAGAAUAUAUUUCGGAGGAUGAAAAUGCGGAGGAUUACAACGGAAUUGCGAAGGGUUUGUCCGAAAGUGGAAGAGACAUUUCGGCGAGGGGUAAUUCGCGAAAAAAGUCAUUUAAACAGAGGAGAUUCAACGGGUCAGUUCGGAACUCAAAAGAAGAUUGCGUGAACAUUGUUUUUAUGAAGACGGUUGCACCGUUCGUAGAAAAACCUCGGAAUUUAAAACAGCCGAUCAGAGUGUCCAGUUUCGAAGAUGCCAACGAGGAUGACUACGCAAAGGUGAAAAGCUUACUUCUGGAAACGGACAGAAGCGAGAGCAGAAGUCAAGAUGGAGACUCAAAGAAGAACUCCAGGAGUUCGAGCGCCCAGAGAAACGACGCAAAACGUCCUUCUACCUUCAAAACGCAAUCAGAAAUGCUCGAUGAACUCAUUGAUGAAGAGUUCAAAGACGCGGAGGACGGAUCCAACCUCCUUGAUCCCAUAGAAUACUCGGUUCCUGAUACCGGCUCGGACAAGGCUUUUUGGUUGAUUUUCAGUGGCGAAUUCACGAGGGCGAUGAACAAGGACUGGCACAGCGGCCAUUUCUGUUGCUGGCAAUGCGACGAGUCUCUUACCGGUCAGCGGUACGUUCUAAGGGAUGAACAUCCCUACUGCAUCAAGUGCUACGAGAGUGUAUUCGCCAAUGGAUGCGAGGAGUGCAGCAAGAUCAUCGGCAUCGAUUCGAAGGAUCUGUCGUACAAGGACAAACAUUGGCACGAGGCCUGCUUCCUCUGCAAUAAAUGCCGAGUUUCAUUGGUUGACAAACAGUUCGGAAGUAAGGUAGACAAGAUCUACUGCGGCAACUGUUACGACGCUCAAUUUGCCAGUCGUUGCGAUGGAUGCGGCGAAAUCUUCCGUGCAGGCACUAAGAAGAUGGAGUACAAGACCCGGCAGUGGCACGAGAAAUGCUUCUGCUGCGUUGUUUGCAAAGUCCCGAUUGGCACGAAAAGCUUCAUCCCUCGCGAGCAAGAAAUCUUCUGCUCUGGAUGUUACGAGGACAAGUUUGCUACGCGAUGCGUCAAGUGCAACAAGAUCAUCAACACCGGUGGCGUAACCUACAAGAACGAACCCUGGCACAGGGAGUGCUUCACCUGCAGCAACUGCAACACGUCAUUGGCCGGUCAACGAUUCACAUCUCGCGAUGAAAAACCAUACUGCGCCGACUGCUUCGGAGAGAUUUUUGCAAAGAGGUGCACUGCAUGCACCAAACCCAUAACUGGAAUUGGUGGCACGCGUUUCAUCUCGUUCGAAGAUCGGCACUGGCAUAACGACUGCUUCAUUUGCGCCGGAUGCAAGACGUCUCUGGUCGGUCGUGGGUUCAUCACUGACGCCGAUGAUAUUAUCUGUCCAGAGUGCGCCAAGCAGAAGUUGAUGUAAAUUUGACGUUUUGAAUAUGAAGAAAAACAAAGAAAAAAACGUCCACGAAGUCAUAUAUCUUCAUAAGCCAUACUCUCUCGCUAUGAUGCAACGCCCGCGUGUCUAUUUAUAAUAUUCCUUGAACUUCUUUCGAUUAACCGAUAAUUUUUAAUAAUCG